AUGUGUGGAGCUGAACUUCAUGAGGUGACGGUCACGGACUUGCGAGAGAAGAAGCGAACGAUCUACCGCAACAUUGACGGCUACGAGGACAGCGUCAAAGCGCAUCGUGAGGCGGCUUUCCCUAUCUCGCUGAUCCUCCAAGCACUGACCGUCAUCAGCGUGAAGAACGCAUCAGCUUCGCAGCCCAUAGACAAGGUGAGAAUCCUGAAUACCAUCUGCAAGAAGACCUCCCUGGAUAGCGAUCCUCCAGACAGUUCACCUCACUAUGACGAAGUCGAUUCAGGACUCCGCGCCAUCUUCGCCCUCUCGGCCUUGCCGAUCUGCGCGAAGCGCGGCCUACGUGAGGAGCUCGGGUCCAUUGCUGAAGUCCUGCGCAAGGACACGCGAGAAAGGGAGGCUCUGAAUCUGAACCUCACGGACAUGGCGGAGCUCCGGGAUGAGCUGCUUGGGAGCCUGGCGCCCACCUUCCCUCCCAAGCUCCAGGACUUGACCUUGCACCUCACGCGCUGCGUCAAGAUUUCGGAUGCCGGGAUUCAGGCACUUUGCAAGUGCAUGCCGAAGGCAUUGAGGCGAAUGUACGUCGCCUUCUUCGGAUGCGCCAACCUCACCGACGACGGUAUGAAGGCGAUCGGGGAGGCGCUGCCUACAUCGUUGAGGCAUUUGCGGCUUAGCUUCGGUGAGUGCCGGCAGGUCACGGACGCAGGCGUCAAGCACCUGGCCUCCCGGCUCCCGAAGAAGCUGGUGGACUUGAACCUGAACUUCGAAGGCUGCGAGCUCCUUGGGGAGGAAGCUGCGGCAUCCCUGGGGAGAAAGCUUCCGACGACGCUGCAGGCGUUGGUGCUCAACUUUAUGGGCUGCCACCACGUAUCUGACCAUGGGGUAGCAACUUUGGCAGAGGGCCUGCCGGAGCUGCAGCAAUUUGAUUUGGGCUGCUUUGCCAUCGCAGCCUCCGAUGUUGGGGCAGUGGCACUUGCAGCAAAGUUACCGACGACAUUGCAGAGCUUUGCGUUGGACUUGCGGAGCACGAACGUCACGCACGUGGGCAUCUCGACUUUGGCAGCGAAUGUGCCUGAUGGGACAGACGUCAUGUGGCAGUUUGCGAAAAGCGAUGGUGCCGGCAACACGGAGCUGACCUGCCUGAAAGACCUUCGAGUUUGGCAGGAGACGGCAUACGACGUGGCCUGGACUGGUUGGUUGCUCCUCAUCCCCGUCCCGUCUCGAGCCCUCGUAGAUGCGAAGCUCGGCGAAGGAGUCUGCGCCUGCACCGUCUCCGACCCUGGCAGGGCCCCCUGCGCGGGCACUGCGGAGCAAAGCGAAGGCAAAGCCAAAGGCCAGCGGUGUGCGCGGAAGAGAUCUCGCCUGGCCAAAGUGAGGAAGCCUUCACAGGAGACAGAUGCGUGCUGGUGGUUGCUUACCGUGACUGUUGAGGCUGAGAAGGUGCCGAGCAUCGUGACGGAGGGACUGAGGUCUUGGGGCCAGCUCAAGAGCAGCAUUCUCCCGAUGGACCCAAUGCUUUUCUUCUCUCUGACGGCGCCAUUCCUGCGGCCACCUGGGGGGGAGGUGCAUGCAGCUUCGGCGUCCGGCAAGACCUGCUUGGAGACCUGCCUCAACUAUGGCCUCACUUGCCUGGACCAGGAUCUUCUCUUCAUCAACCACUGCGCUGCCCUGGCAACUAUCUUCAAGUGCAGAGCCUGCGAACCAGGUUUGGACAAUGCAGGAGUUGAUCAGUCCGGGGUAUGCCUCUUCAAAGUUUCGGCGUCGGACCUGCCUCAUUGCAACGAGCGGAGCCCAUCUCUGAGAAGACUUUGCGCAUGUCGACCCAUAUCUGCUGGUGGCCAUGGGCAGCUCUCCCUCUUCUCGCACGAUGCUCCCGCUGAGCCGGUGGACUUGAGCAUGCAGCGCACUCCCUCAGAUCUGCCGGACUUGCCGGAUAGUGAGCUGUUGCGAGAUGACGGUGUGGAGGCUGCGGAUGCCCUGCAUUCGCAAAUCCAGCAGCAGCAGGACACUCCCGACUGGGCUUCCUCUCUGGAGACCCACCCCGAGGACUUGGCGAUACUGGUCAUCGCCAGCGCCGGACGCCAGGAGCUUCUGGAAACGAGCUUACGUUCCUUGGCUUCGCUGCAAGGCUAUCGGCGAGAGCAGGUUCUCGUGUUCCAGGAUGGCCCGGACGCGAGAGCACAAUGGGUCGCACAAACCAUGUUUCAACUUGCCUGGGUCUUGAACGACCGUGAGAGUGACGAGAGCAUUCUUGACUUCGACUCCCGGGUCACUGGGCAUCACCGGGCGGCGAUCUCCUUUGCCUUGCACAAGCAUUUCCCCAAAGCUCGAACGCUUGUGGUUGUGGAAGACGACAUGGAGGCAGCACCCGCUCUGACCCCAGGCAUAAUGAUAUUCUGA